AUGAACGAAAAGUGUCGCUUAUGUUUGAAAAUUGUGCAAUGCGAAAAGUACGUUUCCAUUUUAGAUAUUCAGUUCAGUAAGCGACUGGCAACAAUUUUCCAGUUCACCAUCGCGGUGGGCGAAGCUCUUCCGGAACGGGUUUGCCAGCUGUGUCAGAGUACAGUGGACGAGUUUCACAGCUAUUACCUGCAAGUUCAAACGAACCAGAAACAGCUCUCGUCACUGCACGUAUUAAAUGAAACCGACGAUGCAUUUCCUCUUACUACGGUAAAAGUGGAGCCGUUGUUUGAUGAACAUUUGUUCGAAACAGAGGCGAACGAUAUCGGUCGGAUAGACUCUGUGAAGGACGAAUCUCUUAAGGAAACUGUCGAUGGCAGUGAUAGUGAUUCGACGACAAGCGAUGACUCUAACGGAGACGACAUGUUGUUGAACGAUGAGGACGAUAAGCAAGAGGAUAACGAAGGAAGCGAAGCGAUAGUUCAUGUCCGGCGCAGGGGUCGAAACCUUAAAAAAGAAAGAACGGACGCCCCAGGCAAGACUGAACGUACAGAUAAAUCAAAAUGCACGACACAAGCCAAGCACCAGGAAAAAGAGCAGCGGAUAAGGAACUUCUUCAGCCUGGAGUGUGAGCUGUGUUCAGCACCCCUGAAUGACUUUACGGAUCUGCAGGACCAUUAUCGCCAGGUGCAUAAUGUAACGGGAUACGUUCGCUGCUGUGAUAGACUGUUCUACCGUCGGUAUCUGCUAUUGGACCACAUAGACGCUCACAGUGGUACGAUUCGAUGUGAGAUAUGCCAGAAGAGCUACAAAUCGAACCGCUACUUGACGCUGCACAUGGCAAAAACACACAGCCGGGAGGAAGACCGACCGUUCAAAUGUGACCAAUGUCACGUAUCGUACCCGAAGUCGUACCUCUUGAAGGCCCACCGCGCUUUGCACGUGCAAGAGGAGUGUCGCAUCUGUAAAAAGGUGCUGUCCAACAACCAAUCGCUGAAGGUGCACAUUGCCCAAAUGCACGGUGACGAUGGGAAUCACAUUUGUGACACGUGCGGGAAAGUGUUCCGCACCAAAGCGGCCAUGGAGCGGCACAUCAAGGAGCAUCUGGGGCUGGAGCUGGUCGAGCGAAUGCAGUGUGAAUACUGCAAAAAGUGGUUCAACGGGAAGUACAACCUGAAGAAGCACAUUCGCUUUCUGCACAACGAGGAGGGACAAGAGUUUCGCUGCGACAUCUGUCAACACGAGAGCCCCAACAGCCGGGCGUUGGCCAACCACAAACUACGUGUUCACGUUGAGGAGAAGUACGAGUGCGAGUACUGCGGCAAGCGAUUCAAGCGAAGGCCCAACCUUCGCGAGCACAUUGCAUCGCACACGGGCAAUGCGCUUUAUUCGUGCGAAAUCUGUGGUAUCAAGUUCAAUUCCAAGGCCAAUCGCUUCACACAUCGCAAAAACAAGCAUCCCGUCGAAUGGGAAGCCAACAAGCGAUUGAAAGCCGAGAGAGAGAUGAGUAAACACUGUGUUUAG